AUGACGUCUCGUGAAGGGGUUAAUCCCCUGCGCCCUUAUUAUAUUCCCCAGUCUGGGCUAUCGCCAGUCACAGCUCCUACGCCCGGGGUGCCGUCACCGUCGUCGGCCGUCGUGUUCGGGAGCACAGCACGCAAUCUCAUUCCGGAUAUCGACUACACAGACUACCUCGAGUCCUCACCAUCAGUAUCAGACUGGGUUCGCGAGGCAGUGAAUAAUUCUCUUGUCCGCUACAGUCAAGUGCUGAUUGCCCAACCGUUCGAUGUCGCCAAAACUAUCCUGCAGGUCUAUGUGGUGCCUGAUGCUAUAGAGGAACAGCCGGACCAGUUGCUUAGCACUGGAGCGGCGAGUAGCUCGUAUGAAUCAGAACUAGAUUCAUCUGACGAUGAGAGCACCUAUUUCACUUCAGCAGCUCCGACCACACCCUCGCCGAGCACGCCACGAUCUCGAAAGGCUCGGCAUCGCAUCACAGACCGUAGUGGCUACAUCCGUGCAGAUGCAGCACCAGCACCGUCGAAACAUGCCUUGACCAUCCGUAACCCUAAUGCUAUAAUGGACGUGCUGUCCCAGAUGUGGACGACCAACGGCCUGACUUCCCCAUGGAAAGCAUCCAACUCAACCUUUAUCUACUCACUACUUCUCCCGACAUUAAACACAUUUAUACGAAGUCUGCUUUCCGCCAUCGCAGGUCUACCAGAGGAAGACAUAACCUCAUCCUUGACAGCCGAUAUAUUGACAGCCCCUUCGCCCUUUACGACAUUGAUCCUUUCCUUCGUUUCGUCAUCCCUCUCCGCGCUCAUCCUCUCCCCAAUAGACACAGCCCGCACCCUUCUCAUGCUCACACCUGCAACACAUGGCCCGCGUUCUCUCAUCCGAGCAAUCCGCCAACUCCCCACGCCAAACUGCACAGUUCCGCAGCACCUAGUCCCAAUCACAAUCCUCCACUCCAGUCUACCCCAUUUCAUCACAACCGCCACCCCUCUCUUCUUGAAGUCCUACCUGUCCAUAGACCCACACCUCAGCCCUUCACUGUGGGGUCUCUUCACAUUUCUCAGCUCAGGCCUCGAGCUCGCAGUGCGCUUCCCCCUCGAAACCGUUCUUCGCCGCGCCCAGAUAGCUACAUACACGUCUCUCAGUUUGCGCCAGAAAGCUUCCGGAGUCGGUAUUCGUGCUGCUUCUAUCGACGCUUAUGACGUUGAGACAAUCGUUCCUACCCCGCGCACAUACCGCGGCAUUGUGGGCACAAUGUGGCACAUCGUCCACGAUGAAGGCAUGAGCCCCAACCCAACAGGUGCUGAGCAUGCACGAGAACUUCUCGGCAAGCCAUCCUCCCAACGCCAGCUGCAGAAGAGACAGCAGGGCCAGGGUAUCCAGGGUCUAUACCGCGGCUGGCGGGUAGGCAUGUGGGGCAUAGCUGGUAUUUGGGGGUCCAGUCUUCUGGGUGGGUUCGCAGGCGGCAGUGAAGACGAAGUGACGAUGCGUGGCGGAUAUGGUCGUUCCAGUGGCGGUCAAUUUUAG